AUGUCUGCCGAAGACUUUGCAAGCAAAGCAUACGAUUAUGUUAUCUGUGGCGGCGGAACGGCGGGUCUAACUCUCGCAGCCCGUCUUAGCGAAGACCAAGAUGUCACCGUAGGCGUCCUGGAAGCCGGAGGCAAUGGGCUCAACGACCUUGUAAUCGAUGCACCAAACAUGUUCACGCAAACCUGGGGUAAGCCGCAGUAUGACUGGGACUACAGGACAGUUCCGCAGAAAGGAACAGGAAAUAGAGUUCACGCAUGGAUCCGUGGCAAGGUCCUCGGUGGAAGCAGUGCCGUAAACUUCAAUAUGUUCAGCAUGGCAUCCAAACAGGAUCUGGACAACUGGGGAGAGCUCGGAAACAAGGGCUGGUCCUUUGAAGACCUCAAGCCCUACUACCGCAAGUUCGAGACAUACCAUCCAGCGUCCGAAACCCUCUCGCAGCAAAUCGACGACAAGUACCUUGACAAGUCGCUGCGCGGCACCUCUGGCCCCAUCCAAGUAUCCUUUCCAGUAGGCGAAGCUAGCUGGAGCCAGGACAUGUGGCCGAAAACAAUGCUAAACGCAGGCUACCUACCUGCAAAUGAUCCUCGCACUGGCUCCGCCAUCGGCGGCUUCAACCAGCUGAACACAAUUGAUCCCCGGCACAACCGGCGCAGCUACGCCGCAAGAGAGUACUACGAGCCCAACGCCUCGCGGCCAAACCUCUCCAUCCUAACCAACGCACUCGUCUCCAAGAUCGAGCUCGACAAGAGCACCGACGGCAUCAAAGCCACGGGCGUCGAGUUCCGCGUCAACGGCACCACGCACACAGUCAAAGCUAACAAAGAAGUCCUCGUCUGCGGCGGCGUCGUCAAUUCCCCACAGAUGCUCGAGCUCUCGGGCAUCGGAUCCCCCGCCGUGCUGCAAAAAGCCGGUGUCGACGUCGUCGUCGAGCUCCCCGGCGUAGGCGAAAACCUAUCUGACCACUCUGCCACCGCCAUUGUCCUGGGCGUCAAAGACGACUAUCCCACGGCCGAAGUCCUCGCCCACAACCCAGACAUAGCCCAACAAGCGCUAGAAGCCUACCUGCAGCACAAAGCCGGUCCCUUUGCCACAUCGCCCACAACAACAGGUUUCGCGUCUCUCACAAAAGUCUCGCCUGAACUCUCCGAUCCAGCCCCGCACAUCGACGCCCUCAUCUCCAGCUUCGCAGAGCAAAACCCCGGCUCCGAUCCCGCGGGCCGCAACGCGCUGCUCGCCCGCCAGCUGCUCGACCCCAAGGAAGCCGUCUGCCAGCUCGUCUUCCUUCCCACGGGCGUAAACACAUACCGUCCAGAGCACACGCCGACCAUGUUUCCCUGCGAAGACGCAGGCAUGUGGUGCACGCUGGGUGUGUGCAGCACGCGCUCGCUGUCGCGCGGGAGCACCCACAUUACCAGCCGCGACCCAAGUGCGUAUCCGGCCAUCGACCCGGCGUACCUGACGCAUCCGCUCGACGUCGACAUGGUUGCCCGCUCGGUUCUAUACGCUUUAUCCCUCACGUCCGUGGAGCCUCUCGCUGCUAUUUUCAAGCGAGAUCAACACGGCGACUUUGUCGUGCCGCAGAAAGCGUCGGGCCCCAUACCAAAGACGCUCGAGGAAGCAAAGGAGUGGACGAGACUGAAUACAAUCACCGAGUAUCAUCCCAUGGGGUCGUGUGCCAUGUUGCCGCGGGAGAAGGGCGGCGUUGUGGAUGCCGAGUUGAGGGUGCAUGGGGUGCGUGGGCUGCGCGUCGUGGAUGCGAGUGUGUUUCCGCUGCAUGUGCAGGGCAAUAUCGUGAGUCUUGUGUAUGCGGUUGCCGAGAAGGUGGCGGAUAUGAUUCGGGGGAGGAAAGCAGGCAGUUGAGCGAGUCCGAUGAACUUCUUUCAUUAUUAUGGAAUGCGAACAAGUUUAGCACCUCC